CGAUGAUGUCAAAUAUGUCAGUUUAUCUUUUAUAAAAGUUAAUAUUUAUAAACAUUUCGUAAAAGACAUACCGAAUAUACUUAAAAAUAGUGCGUGUUCGUGCGUUUAGUUUUAAGUGUGGCCAAGGAUGUUAUAAAAGCCGCGUGCCGAGGAUAUUUAACAAUUUAUUUGGGACUAAAGCGUUAAGAUGCACCGGAGUCUGCGGAUUGGUGGAGGAUCCAAUAGCGACCCCGGCUCGAUGGUGGGGUUCAGAACCAGACCCUACGAUGGUAAAAUCGCCGGUCUCUACGAUUUGGAGGAAACUUUAGGACGCGGGCACUUUGCCGUCGUCAAGUUGGCACGACACGUUUUCACUGGGGAAAAAGUUGCGGUCAAAGUCAUCGACAAAAGCAAGCUGGACGAAGUUUCCAAGGCACAUCUGUUUCAAGAGGUCCGUUGCAUGAAGCUGGUGCAGCACCCGAACGUGGUCAGGCUGUACGAGGUGAUAGACACCGCCACCAAGCUGUACCUGAUCCUCGAGCUGGGCGACGGCGGCGACCUCUACGAGUACAUACUGCGGCACGACUCGGGCCUGCCUGAGGAGAUGGCGCAGGAGUACUUUCGGCAGAUAGUCAAGGCGAUCUCGUACUGCCAUCAGCUGCACGUGGUGCACCGCGACCUCAAGCCGGAGAACGUGGUGUUCUUCAAGAAGCUGGGCAUCGUGAAGCUGACCGAUUUCGGCUUCAGCAACAAGUUCUACCCCGGCCAGAAGCUGGAGACCUCUUGCGGCAGCUUGGCGUACUCGGCGCCCGAGAUUUUGCUGGGCGAUUCCUACGACGCUCCCGCAGUCGAUGUGUGGUCUUUGGGCGUAAUUUUGUACAUGUUAGUUUGCGGUCAGCCACCUUUUCAAGAAGCCAACGAUUCAGAAACCCUAACCAUGAUUAUGGAUUGUAAAUACAACGUUCCUCCGCACGUGUCCAAUGACUGCAAAGACUUGAUAGCUCGGAUGUUGGUGAAAAACCCGGAAAAACGAGCCUCCCUGGCGGAUAUAUCGAGCCACCCCUGGUUGGGGGUGGAAAAACAAGAAAAUCUCGCAGACGUUCAACCACUUGUUGCCAAGGAGCAUUUGUCUGAAGAGGAUCACAAUUUAAUCGUACAAAAAAUCGUCAACGGCAACAUCGCAACCAAAGAGGAAAUACAAGAGUCUUUAGAUAAGAACGAAUAUAAUCACAUAACGGCCACGUACUAUUUGCUGGCGGAAAGGAAAUUGAGGGCGAAACGGCAGCAGCAAGAUCAAAUCGGUAAAAGUCGUAGGCCGGAAUUUUUGGCGGUGGCCAAGUCCGCCCCUGCGCCGAAAAAAGAUAACAACGGCACUGCGCCCAAUUCGUCGCUGCUUAGCGUGCCCAGAACUCCAGGGGAUGUACCUGCGAGAUCGAGAAAGUGCAGCAUAGUGCAGGAGGACGAAGAAGAGGAGGACAUAUCGAGCUGCUCGGGUCGCGAGGAUCUGAACGCGGCCUUAAACCGCCGCGGAUCGCGCUCGGAAGGCCGUCUGAACCUCGCUCUGCAAGAGCGUCUCGCCGAGGCGGACCGCCGCAAGCAGCAGCAGCAGCAGCAGCCCGCCGAAAAAACCGCCGAACCUCUCGAGAAGCGAAGGGAAAACGGCGCCAUACCCGGCACCACGGUCAUAACCGACUGCAGCACGAUAUCGAUACCGAUCGUCGCGGCGAGCGGUCAAGAUUCGGUGCCGAAGUACAAGACGAUGCCGUCGCCGACGAUCAACAAACUCCUCCUCAACGAGAUUUUCGAGGAGGAUUGCGUUGAGGGCGGUUGUUAUGCCUCGGGAAGGCAGUUUGCUUCGCGCGCGCAGAACAGAACUCCCUACGAGCAGAGACGAUCUAAAUUUCAUAAAAGCCGCACCGCUUCGUGUAGUUCCUCCGACGCCAGCGACGAUGAUAGCGAGAAGAGGAAAAAACGCGCGCAUAAGCUCAACGCGUCGGCGAAACCGUUUCAAGGCCGGCGCGACAGCCACGAUGACUCGAGCGAUUCUCAAGAGCCUGGUAACGGCUGCGGGGCGACUGGCAACGCUGUAAAAACCGCGGCGGCGUCAAGCAAAACCGCGGCGGGGCAGGGCGAUGGCAAUAAAAAUAACGGCGGCGGGGGUAAAAACACCGGCGGUAGAAACUGCGCUACGUUCACGCGGCGCCACAAAAACAACGAGACGCGCUUGCGCGAGAGUCAAUCUCUGAACAGGAUAACGGAAGUGCAGGAGGAAGUCUUCGUGGCCGCCGCCGCGGUGGUGACGGCAACCCCGAAAGCGAAAGGCUUCACCGCAAGGCUUUUGCAGGGGAUAAACGUGAAAAUCAAAAGCGGCGACGACAAAUCAUCGCACGUCUCCCGUAGAGACACAUUGAAAGCCUUGCAGAGCCUCGAGCUCAAAGACGAGAAGUCCGGCUUGAAAAUGAAGAAGAUGCGCAUCCUCGGGAAAUACUUUCAGGUGCACCGCAAGCUGUUCGGGCGCGAGCGUUUGUACAAGGCGCAGUCGUGCGGCUCGCUGGCCGUCGGCGGGAAGGUGGGUUCGGGCGGCGCGGGGCGGCAGAGGGCGGCGAGCGCGGCGCCCUCUAACGAGAACGAGAACAACAACGCGCACAGGCGGAAGUCGGGGGGGCACGUGCACGUGAUUCGCGUGUCGGACGUGUGCGCGACGCACCUCGGCCCGGCGAGCAAGUGCUGCAGUUUCUGUUGACGUUGUUGUCGUUGUUGCUGUUUGCUCGGGCGAAAACGUCCGAAGUCGUUUGUUUGAACGUUGCCGUUGGGGGUAGAACAUUCGUAAGUUUUAGGUGAUUUUAAAGAAGCGAAGAACGUUUUUUAUGGACACAAAAAUUUACCCUUCAAGCGAUUUUGACCAAACUUGGGGCAGUUAGGCUGGUUAAAAAAAAUCGGCUAU